UGGUGCGCUGUGUCCCUAGGACACAGCGCAUCGACGAUCCACGGAAAGAGCCGAAGAUGUCGGCUCUGUCAUGUGAUCAGCUGUGUCCAAUUACAGCUGAUCACAUGGGACAUAUACACAGAUCAUCAGAGCACUGAUGAUCAAUAUGCCCUGAUGAUUUGUGUAGCCCCAGCAGCGCCACCUGUCAGUGUCCAUCAGUGCCAGCUCUCAGUGCUCAUCCAUGCCACCUGCCAGUGCCCAUCAGUGCCACAACAGUGCAACAUUUCAGUGCCCAUCAAUGCCACAUAUCAGUGCCCAUCUGAGCUGCCUUUCAGUGUCACCCAUCAGUGCCAGUCAGUGCCACCUAGCAAUGCUAUGUAUCAGUGCAUCAGUGCCGCCUAUCAGUGUGCAUCAGUGCCGCCUAUCAGUGUGCAUCAGUGCCGCCUAUCAGUGUGCCAUCAGUGCUGCCUAUCAGUGCCCAUCAGUGCUGCCUAUCAGUGCCGCCUAACAGUG